GUCAUUUGUUGCAUAUUUGAAUUCUUAAAUGUCAGUCAGCGAUGGAAAUGUGAAAACUAUGCAAUUAAAGAUGGUACUUCUGGGAGAACAAGGAACCGGAAAAUCAUGCCUCGUUUCUAGAUUUAUAAAGGGACACUUUUUAACCAAUUCCGAGAGCACUAUUGGAGCUGCGUUUUUUACUCAAAGAAUUUUUAUGGACGACACAUCGGUUAAAUUCGAAAUCUGGGACACCGCAGGACAGGAACGCUUUCGUACGCUUGCUCCAAUGUAUUACCGAGGUGCACAUGCUGCACUUAUCCUUUAUGACAUUACCAAUUCGAAAUCCUUUGAAAGGGCUGAAGAUUGGCUGUAUGAGUUAAGAAGACACGGCCCUCCGAAUAUUUGCAUUGCUUUGGCUGGUAAUAAAACUGAUUUGGAGUCUACGAGAGUAGUUUCUUUUGAAGUU